CGAAAAUUGUAAACCAAAUUUUGAUUUACACUAUUAGUACUACUAGGUACAUCUACUUAAGGAUUCAUACACUACAUUGUUAUAUCAACACAAGUUCUAGUACUAUUGUAACGAUGCCUGAAGUAUCAGAAGUAGCUCAUGUAUGUGCUUUAUUAAGAAGAAAUGUAUUAGGUUAUAAGAUUGCUAAAGUCAAUUUACAUAAUGAUAAUUUAUUAUUCCCAGCUUUAAAGAAUGCUACUGAUCCUGAAGGAGAAUUACAAAAAUUAACUAAUAAUUUGACCAAUUCAGUCAUUGAUUCGAUUGGUAGACAUGGGAAGUAUUUUUGGAUAAGAUUGAAAUUGGCCAAUGAGCCGAAGAAGACAGGGGUGUUUCUUAUGCAUUUUGGAAUGACUGGUAUGAUUAAGAUUAAGAAUGUUAAAUCACAUAUGAUAUUCAUGGAGAGUGGUGGUGAUGUUAAAGUCUUGGAUAAAUUGAAUAAAGCAAAGGAGACUGGAACUGAAUCAAAGUAUUUUAAAAAGGAAGAGACAGAAGAAGAGGUAGUAGAAGAGGAAGAGGAAGAAGUAGUAACUGAAUGGCCUCCAAGAUUUUCUAAAAUGGAAUUAGUUUUAGAAAAAGAUGAUUCAAAAUUAGAUUUAGCGUUUAUCGAUGCAAGAAGAUUAGGUAGAAUACGGUUAUUAUUAGGAGAUGAAUAUCAAACUAAUGAAAGUUUAUUAACUCAAAGUCCUUUAAAUGCAUUAGGACCUGAUUAUUCUAAGCCACUAGCUUAUGAUGCCAAGAAAGAUAAAGAAUUCAUCUGGGGUGAUCCAGCACCUGAUAAUUAUGGAAGACCGAUCUUACCACUUGUUGAUUUCAAUCAAUUAAUCUUAAAGAAGAAAGUUCCUAUUAAAAGUUUAUUAUUAGAUCAAGCAUAUUUUGCAGGAAUUGGGAAUUGGGUAGGAGAUGAAGUAUGUUAUAAUGCUCGAAUUCAUCCUACUGAAGUGAUUUCAAAUAAGAUAGUUAGUAAUGAUGAUAAGACAAUAAUUGAUCCUAUAAUUGAAAGAUUAUAUAAUUCGAUUAUUUAUGUAUGUCAAUAUAGUGUUAAAGUGGAAGGAGAAGUGACGAAAUUUCCUAAUGAUUGGUUAAUGAUAUUUAGAUGGGGUAAAGCGAGGAAAAAGGGACCAAAGGUUAAGACUAGUGAAGGAUAUGGAGUUGAUUAUGUUACCAUAGGAGGUAGAACCAGUUGUUUUGUACCUGAUUUACAAAAACCAUUAAAGAAGCAAGUGAAAGAAGAGAGUGAAACUAGUGGUGGUGGUAGUGAUAGUAAACGAAAAAGAGGGGAUGCAACAAGCAAAUCACCUGCAAAAAGGACAAGUAAAAGAGUUAAAAAGGAGUAAGACCUUUAAACGAAAUUGAUAAGAUAACUUUAACUCGAGCUCUCCCCUCCUAGAUUUAAGUAAACAAAUAAACAAAAAACAAUAGACAAUGGAUAAUGGAUGUGUAUGUUUAGCUAAUCUAUACAGUCUAGAUUAAAAAUGUUUAUUACAAACAACAUUUUGUUUAUUCGCUGUUUUCCCCCACAUUUCUCACUUCUCCACAAAAUUGGUUUUUCUUCUCAGUAGCGGUAGCCAUCAGUUGUUAUUUUACGUCAUUAAAAUUUGAGUGUCUA